AUGAGUUUAUAUGUAUCAAUAAUAAAAAUUUUAAAAACAAAAACACAAGAAGAUUUAAUAUUAAUAACAAAUAUUAAUUCAAUAAAACAAUUAAUUUUAUUUAAUCUUUUUUCUGAAACAUAUUCAUCACAACAUAUACCAACAUUAUUAACAUAUUAUGCUAAUCGUUCUUGUUGGUUUGAAAUGUUAUUUAUUGCACAAUUAUUUCAUUAUACUGCAGUUGAUAUUAUAUCAUGUUUAUCAUUAACACAACAGCAAAAUAUGUUAUUUGAACAUUUAAAAUGUUGUCUUAAGCGUUUAGUUAAACGAGAUAUUUUUGCUUUAUUAAAUGAUCAAAUAUUAACAUCAGAACAACUUAAAUUAAGAUUUCAACAAGGUGCACAACAAUGUUCUCAUCCAUUAUUAGUUGUUCUUUAUAGUACACUUUCACAAGUAUCAUCAAUCAAUGCAUUUGUUUUAUUUCUUCAAUCAUUGAAUCCUAAAUAUUCGCAUUUAUUUCCAGUUAUGUCAAAUUUUGCUAAUUUAACAAGUCGUUUAAUAUGUCAUAUAGCUGGAAAUAUAGGAGAAUAA